CAGCAGGUGAGCGCGGCCAGCUGACAAGUGUGUGUGAGUGGUGAGGGUGUGAGUGCAUUUGAGUGCGUGUGAGUGUGUCUGGACGCUACCACGUUGAUCGUUGUUGCUCCUGCUGAUGCUCCUUGACAUUAAAAACUCUUGCUUCUCUGCGAACUCUGCGCUGUCCCAUCUGAGUGCUGAAGUCUAAAGCAUUUGCUCAGGUAAAAUGGGGAAAGAAAAGACGAAGGAGGUGACGUCAGUGGAGACACUGGAAGAUGAGGGAGAGGAAGCGAGAGGGACCUGGUCAAACCAAUGUGAGUUCUUCUUGUCGUGUCUGGGCUACGCUGUAGGCUUCGGCAACGUCUGGAGGUUCCCUUACCUCUGCUACAAGAACGGCGGGGCGGCGUUCCUAAUCCCCUACACACUAAUGUUACUGUUCGCUGGUCUACCUCUGUUCUUCCUGGAGCUCGCCCUCGGCCAGUAUGUCAGCCUCGGACCCAACAUUCUUUUCCCAAAGUUGGUUCCUCUCUUCGCUGGACUGGGCUGGGCCAUGGUGAUACUGUCAGCGUUGGUAGCCAUCUACUACAACGUCAUCCUGGCCUGGACGUUCUUCUACACCUUCGCCUCCUUCACUUCCAGUCUGCCCUGGGGAAGCUGCAGCAAUUAUUUUAAUUCUCUCAACUGCUUCACCGAGGACCUUGCCGGUGCCUGCAGGAACCAGUCUCUCUACUACUACAACAAGAGCUGCGUUAGCGUCCAGGAGUACUGCAGCGUUGCCAAGCUAGACGCCUUGAACGAGACUCACUGUAAGAGCCCAAACAACGAUACCGGCAGCACGUUAGCUGACGGCGCCGUUACUAGAAUCUCGGCAAGCGAGGACUACUUCAGGAACCGCAUGUUAGGGGUGUCCGGUCGGACGUGGGAGGACAUGGGAGGGAUGAAUUGGGAGCUGGUGGGAUGUCUGGCCCUGGCCUGGGUGUUGGUGUUCGCUUGCUUGAUCAAGGGCGUCAAGAGCUCGGGAAAGGUGGUCUACUUCACCGCUCUCUUCCCCUACGCUGUCCUCUUCAUUCUCUUCAUUAGAGGUGUCACCUUGAAGGGCGCCUACACUGGUAUUGAAUUUUACAUCCUGAAGCCGAACAUGACCAAACUGACGGAGAUUGACGUGUGGAAUGAUGCAGCCACUCAGAUCUUCUACUCCCUGGGCUCUGGAUUUGGUGGUCUGAUUACACUAGCAUCGUACAACAAGUUCAAGAACAACUGCAUGCGAGAUGCAAUUAUCAUUGCCUUCGCCAACUGUUCUACGUCGGUGUUUGCUGGCUUUGUGAUCUUCAGCAUCCUGGGAUUCUUGGCAACGGAGCUUGGAGUUGAAGUGAAGGAUGUGGUGUCUUCGGGCUCCGGCCUGGCGUUCGUCGUGUACCCGGCAGCCGUCACCCACUUGCCUGUAUCGCCCGUCUGGGCUCUCCUCUUUUUCGCCAUGCUCAUCACUCUCGGGCUCGACUCCCAGUUCACAAUGGUUGAGACCCUGGCCACAGCCUUCUUUGACCAAUUUGAAUGGUUGCGAACCAAAAAACCUAUGGUAGUAGGAUCCUUGUGUAUUAUUUUGUUCCUGUGUGGCCUCACUAUGUGCCUGGAUGGUGGCAUCUACAUGUUUGAGCUCUUCAACUGGUACUCUGCCGGGAUCUCAGUCAUCAUCGUCACCAUUUUAGAACUCGUAGUCGUCAUGUAUAUUUACGGAUUCAAGAACUUCAUGAGAAAUAUCCGUGAAGAAAUGGGUAUAUAUAUGCCUCUACCGUUGUAUAUCUACUGGUCAGCUACCUGGCUGGUCAUCACUCCGGUAUCUCUUGCUGUUAUCUUGGUUUUGUCAAUUUACUACUAUACUCCAGCCAAUUUUGGGACGUACGUAUACCCUGAAAAUAUCCAAACUCUGGGUUGGUUCAUCUGUGCAUCCUCACUCAUUUUCAUCCCGCUGGGAGUGAUCUAUGUCCUGGCAAAAAGAGAUAAGAGAGGCAAGGAGCUACUCACAGCAUCGCCAGAUUUCUGCCCUCAUCACGUGAGGAAAGCCCGCGAGGCGCAGGCUGGUGCCUUCAAGGGCCAGCCAGUUGGUGUGUUCAGAUACACGUAUGAUAAUGACGGCUUCCAGGAACCCAACGCUAAGGUAUAUCCAUCACUUGAAGACGACAACCCUCCCCCGUACUCCAGAGAUCCCAGCUACGCCAACCACAUGUAGAGCAAAACAUUAAACUUAUCUCUUGGUUGAAGAUCCUGAAUGUGAUAUGACCCCUGUAUAACAAAACACACAAGGUUUAGGGGGAAAUAUAUUAGUUUCAUCGGGUUACUUACGUGUAUACUAUGGUCACUUCAUAAGGAAUCUUGACUAUGUCAAAUGUGUGAGACCAGUAUAUUAACAUAUCUCCUACCUGUUAGUUCCCUAUUCGUGCUAAGUGAUGUUUUCUCGUGUAAAAUAAUAAAAAAAUGUUAUGCUGUGUAAUAUAUAUAAUAUAUAUAUAUAUAUAUAUAUAUAUAUAUAUAUAUAUAUAUAUAUAUAUAUAUAUAUAUAUAUAUAUAUAUAUAUAUAUAUAUAUCUCCUGUACAUAAAUAAGCUAAGCCAUUUUAGAAUCCCAUAUUUUCAUAAUUCAUUUUAGUGUGUAAUUUUGUAUUUACAGGAUGUUUUUUUAGAAUAUUAAAUAUUUUUCAAACAAUGAAACGAAAGUCCACUGAUGACACAGCCUUUAAUUGUCCAAGUCUGACGACAUAGCUUGUAUGGUAUUAUUUGACAAGUGAUUGUCAUCUUCAUCCGUCUUGAUGUCCCAUGUUAUAACAGAAUGAAUGGUUCUUCAGUAAUUUUAAUUUUGUUCUCAGUAAAAUAUAUUUUGGAACCUGAAUGUUCUGAAGCCUAGCAGAAUGUUCUGAAGCUUAGCAGAAUGAAUGUCGUCAUUCCUGCAUGUGCUAGGAUAGCGUAUCAGUCCUGAUAAUAUCACGUCUUCAUGUUUUCAAUAUUAAUGUGUUGCGAUUUUGUGAAAUAAUAUUUUAACGAAGACUUCAGUUAAUGCUACUCUGAAAACAACAUAAGGAACAUUGUACCGUCAUUUGCUCAUAUUUUAUGACUUCGAAGGCUUUUACAACUGAUAACUUCUUCAUUUUGUAAAUAUUUUGGGCAGGCUUUCAAGGUACACAAUCAAAUUUUAAAACAAUAAAAACAAUACUGUGGUCUUUAAGUUUUCACUUUCGUCAGGACUGAGUUCCAUGUAAUCACUAAUUUACACACACACACACAAAUAAUUUUAUAUAAUAUAUAUAUAUAUAUAUAUAUAUAUAUAUAUAUAUAUAUAUAACAUGCACUAGGUCACAUCAAGCAUAUUUACAUGUGUGUAGAGAAUGUGUUGGCAUGUGUGGGAUAGCAUGUUCUUGUUCACAGUAUAACUGGUAACUAUGUAAAUACAAUUAAUAUUUUAUCCUAUAUUUUUAAUUCUUUUGUUUUAAAUUUGUGUAAGGUGGUGUGGAGCACCAAACGUUGUAUGCAUAUGAAAAUACAAUUAUUUUAUAUUAUA